AUGUACACUGAUCAUCAGGGCACUGAUGAUCAGUGUGCCCUGAUGAUCAAUGUAGCCCCAGCAGUGCCACCUGUCAGUGUCCAUCAGUGCUUUAUGUCAGUGCCCAUCAGUGCCACAUAUCAGUGCCCACCUGAGCUGCCUUUCAGUGUCACCCAUCAGUGCCAUCAGUGCCGCCUAUUAGUGCCAGUCAGUGCCGCCUAUCAGUGCCAUAUAUCAGUGCCAUGUAUCAGUGCUGCCUUUCAGUGCCCAUCAGUGAUGCCUGUCAAUGCCCAUUAGUGCCACCUACCAGUGCCUCCUCAUCAGUGCCCAUCAGUGCCACCUAUCAGUGUCCAUCAGUGCAGCCUAUCAGUGCCCAUCAGUGCAGCCUCAUUAGCGCACAUUAGUGA